AUGUCGGCCGCAAUCGAUAACGAGGACCUCGAGGAGCUCUCCAUCUCCAUGCCCGCCCAGCGGCGAGGAGCGGGCGCAGCAAGCACCACCAGGGCCAAUGACCAGGCCGUCGCGCCGCCCACUGCGCUCGGUACAGCCGUGCAGGAGAGCAAGAGCAAGGACUCCAAGGCGAACCAGCGCCUCGGACAGUAUACCAUAGUCAGGACACUCGGUGAGGGCUCGUUCGGUAAGGUCAAACUGGCCACCCACCAGGUCAGCGGCCAGAAGGUGGCGCUCAAGAUCAUAAACCGCAAGCGCCUGGUCACUCGAGACAUGGCAGGCAGGAUAGAGCGCGAGAUCCAGUACUUGCAGCUGUUACGGCAUCCUCAUAUCAUCAAGCUCUACACCGUCAUAACCACGCCGACGGAAAUUAUUAUGGUCCUCGAGUACGCCGGUGGUGAGCUGUUCGACUACAUCGUCAACCACGGGAAGCUGCAGGAAGCCCAGGCCCGCAAGUUCUUCCAGCAGAUCGUAUGCGCCGUCGAAUACUGCCACAGACACAAGAUCGUCCACCGAGAUCUGAAGCCAGAGAACCUCCUACUCGAUGACGACAGCAACGUCAAGAUCGCCGACUUCGGACUGAGCAACAUCAUGACAGACGGCAACUUUCUCAAGACGAGCUGCGGAAGUCCAAACUACGCCGCGCCCGAAGUUAUAUCCGGAAAGUUGUAUGCGGGUCCAGAAGUCGACGUCUGGAGUUGUGGUGUCAUCCUCUACGUUCUCCUAGUGGGCCGACUACCCUUCGACGACGAGUAUAUUCCGACGCUGUUCAAAAAGAUCGCUGCUGGGCAGUACAGCACCCCAAGCUAUCUAUCCCCGGGCGCUACGUCUUUGAUCAGGAAGAUGUUGAUGGUCAACCCCGUACACCGCAUCACGAUCCCCGAACUACGGCAAGAUCCCUGGUUCACCAAAGACCUGCCUCCGUAUCUCGAACCACCUGCCCAGGAUUUCUUCGACAGUGGGGCGGAUCCGAAUAAGGCGAUCGAUCCUAAGGCACUCGCGCCGUCGGCCGAUGCUCCUCGUGUACAGGCGCUGCACGAGAAUGUCGUGUCGAAGCUCGGCAAGACUAUGGGUUACGCAAAGCAUGACGUGCAAGAUGCAUUGGCACGCGAUGAGCCUAGUGCGAUAAAGGAUGCCUACUUGAUCGUUCGCGAGAACGAGAUGAUGCGGAAGAAUCCCUUGUUGACGGGUCCUGAAUGGGAUCAAAUGUCGCCUCCUACGCACGACAGUCAUAUGGACCGAUUCCGGCCUCAGUCCUUGAACGCUGCUUCUCGACCCCAAUUCAUACCGCCAUCGAACUCGGAACACGAACGGGCACGUCAAGGAUCGAACGCCAGCAGCCAACUCGCAAAUAUAAGAAGUCCUGUGAGCACAGUCGCUAUCUUGCCAAGCAGUCUCACAGAAUACCACAAAGCCUACAUGAAAGGUCACCCGAGACCACUCAGCAGGGUCCAAGACAAUGAUGGUCUCCCACCAACUCCAGAACAGACUGAAGAACAAAGGCAGAUCUCAGCGAGAAGGCUGAAGCCAAACUUCCGCACGAUGCCAGAAGCAGGCAGAAACAAGCCCGAGCCUAUGACGAGUCUGCCAGCCAAGAAGCCUCGAGCGACCAAGUGGCAGUUCGGUAUAAGGUCGAGGAACCAGCCUGCAGAGGCUAUGCUUGCUAUUUUCAAGGCUCUGAAAGCCAUGGGCGCCGAUUGGGAAGUACCUAAAAUACGCCGAGCAGGUGGCAGGAGCGGAUCCCGCAGCCGUAGUACUUCUCAGAACCCUGAUGACCGCUCACCGCCGAAAUCGCGAAGCCAUUCGCAAGAUUCGAUAUCAUCGCAUUCAUCGCACGAAGACCAGGGAGCUAGGGUAAAUUCACCACAUCGUGAGCCGCUUACCGUACGUAACAAGGACACGAAUGAGCAGGAGACGAGAGGUCGACAGAAGAGGCACUACAACCACACCAACGACUGGGGCUACCACGUGCCAGAAGAUCCAUGGGUCAUCAACGCCCGCUUCCGCAAAGAAGGCAUGUUCCCACCCGGUGUCGCACAUCCGUCUUCCACGCACUCGUCGCGUGUCGAUCUCGCCAACGACCCCUCGGGGCUUCGCAGGCGCAGUUCCACCAACGCAAGUGCAUCAAGUAUCAGUCACGGCAUAGAAGGCCUGACUCCAUCUGAGCGUGCAAACUCCAUCAGCGAAGAACACCCCUACCCCGACGAAGCAGUCUGGAUCUACAUGUCCAUUCAACUGUACAGUAUCGACCGCGAUUUCUUCGUCGUAGACUUCAAAUGCGCCGGCUACGAACGUCUCGUGUCCAACCUCGUCCGCGAAAUCAAAGCGACCCCCUCCCUCGACACAUUCGCACUCUCCUCAAGUCACCAGAACCCACACCAAGACGGAUGGGACGACGAACAAGGCAUUUGGCGCAGACUGGGUGAGGGUGAACCGCUACCCGAGGACCUGGCGAAUAAGCUUCGCGAGGGAGGAACGGAUAUCCUACGAGAGCGGACGGAGCUUGUCGGUGCGGGACGACAGGAGGGAGAGAAGAUUGUCACUAGUCCCUUUCCUUUCUUGGACGUCGCUAGCACCCUUAUUCUGCAGUUGAGCGGGGAGUAA